AUUGUCGCAUAAUAUUUAAUAGUAUUACAAAAUCUUUUGUAUUAAAAAUCUUCCUUUAAUCUAUAUAAUACACGUUUUUCUUAUCUUUGUAACAAAAGACUAGAAUUUUUAUGUAAUGACUAAGAAGCCACUUAACAUUUCCUUAUAUAAGUAUUUUAGUUAAACAAAUCUAUUGUUCAGAUAAAUAGAAAAUUUGUAUUUUUGUACCAAAGUGUCAACUAGUUACAAAUAGUGAUGUGCUACCGGAGAUGAAGUUUGUAUAAUGUGUAUACUUUUUAUAAAUACCAACCCAUCUCCCAAAAAGGGAGGAUAUAGAUUGAUUCUGGCUACAAACAGAGAUGAGAAUUAUCAGCGACCUGCAAAACCAGCCCAUCGCGAUGAAUAUGGUAUCAUUGGAGGUAAAGAUUUGGGGUCUGGCAGAGAAGGUGGCACAUGGUUAGCUUGUGGACCAAAAAGUCCGGAAAAUGGUCGAAGCAAAAUGUUCUGUAUUGGCCAUAUUCUCAACAUGGCUGGUGUAAGAUUAGAAAAUCCCAUAGGAAGAGGUUUUAUUAUUCAAAACUAUUUGCUAUCCAUCGACGGUUUCCAAGACUACGUUAGAGAGCUUGACCAAACUACUUACAACGGAUACAACUUUGUGACAGUUGAGAUAGGCGAAGGUGGAAUAACCGUUAAUCAUCACAGUAAUGUUCCUAAUAUCACGUCUAAAUAUGAUGGUGAACACGUGUUAGUUUUUGGCAACGCUCCGAUAUACAGUCCUUCAGUACGGGUGGUCAAAGGAAAGCAAAAAUUUGAAGACUUGAUCAAAAAAGACAUACAUACAAAAGAAAAUCUUAUACAAGAACUACUGAAACUACUUAAGGACGAAACAACCUAUCUAACUGAAAGCAGUUCGGUGAACCAACACACAUCACCAUAUUUGAAUUUGUCUUCAGUUUUUAUUAAAAGCAAAGAUUUAUGUUUCGGUACAAGAACACACACUAUUAUACUUGUGGACGAAGAUUGGAAUCUGACAUUUGUCGAGCAUACAUUGGAGGAACCAAUCGAGGUCAAUGACCAAAAGUGGCUAGAAACAACAUUUCAAAUAAAACUGAAGUGAAGUGUUUGUGAAUUUAUGAACAUUUCUACUUUUUAAAACAUUUAUGUGUAAAAAACUUUACAAUCUGUGCUUUGAAUUUAUUGUUGAGUUUUAAGAAAUCGAUCCAAUUCUGCACUUUCAAAAAUACAAAAAAAUAUGUGUUUUUAAAGUUUUUGAGAGGUUUUAAAAGUUUAACGAUCUAUUAGAAUAUAAAAAAGAAAUGAUUUAAACUAUA